GUCCCGGCCCGGAGGAAUCGGGAUUGGGCUCGGGACACAGCCCUGCGCCUGCGGCAGCGGACACACCGCCUCCCGCCAUCCCUUCCGGGUCAGGCGGUGACCCGCGCCCCCUGACCCCGCCGCUUCCUUUCCGCGGCAGCUGCCGGAGCAGACGGGCAGAAAUGGCACCUCGUAAGGGCAAGGAGAAGAAGGAAGAGCAGGUCAUCAGCCUGGGACCACAGGUUGCUGAAGGAGAGAAUGUGUUUGGCGUCUGCCACAUCUUUGCCUCCUUCAAUGACACUUUUGUCCAUGUGACCGACCUGUCUGGCAAGGAAACCAUCUGCCGUGUGACCGGUGGCAUGAAGGUGAAGGCAGACAGAGAUGAGUCCUCUCCCUACGCAGCCAUGCUGGCGGCCCAGGACGUGGCCCAGAGGUGCAAGGAGCUGGGCAUCACCGCCCUGCACAUCAAGCUGCGUGCAACUGGGGGCAACAGGACCAAGACUCCUGGACCCGGUGCUCAGUCAGCCCUGAGAGCUCUGGCCCGCUCUGGAAUGAAGAUCGGCCGCAUUGAGGAUGUCACCCCCAUCCCCUCCGACAGCACUCGCAGGAAGGGUGGUCGCCGUGGACGUCGUCUGUAACUGGUGCAGCACCUUCUGUUAUUAAAGCUCUCUUAAACCUC